UCGUCGUCUUCCUCGCCGUUUCGACCCAAGCCCUAGCCCUAACCCUAACCCACAUAGCCGGAGCAAGGAAAUGACGACGCGAUUCAAGAAGAACCGGAAGAAGCGCGGCCACGUGAGCGCCGGGCACGGCCGCAUCGGGAAGCACCGGAAGCACCCUGGCGGCCGUGGAAACGCUGGAGGCAUGCACCACCACCGGAUCCUAUUCGACAAGUACCAUCCUGGAUACUUCGGGAAGGUCGGAAUGAGGUACUUCCACAAGCUCCGCAACAAGUUCUACUGCCCCAUCGUCAACGUUGAGAAGCUCUGGUCGCUCGUGCCCGAGGAGUCCAAGGACAAGGCCACGCAGCAGAGCGUACCGGUGAUCGAUGUGACGCAGUUCGGGUACUUCAAGGUCUUGGGCAAGGGCAUGUUGCCGCCGUCGCAGCCGGUGGUUGUCAAGGCCAAGCUUGUGUCGAAGAUCGCCGAGAAGAAGAUCAAGGAGGCCGGUGGCGCCGUCGUGCUUACCGCUUAGGUUUCGUUUGAUUUUCUCGUCUGGUGUUUUAUGGUUAUAUUGGAUUUGAAAUUACUAAGGUAGUGGUUUCCUUGAAGUACUUUGGAGUUAGUUACCUUCUGGUUUAAUUAAUGUGAACUUGUUUACCUAAAUAUUUGAUCUGAAACCAUUUUGAUAUUUGGUUA